UGCCUCUUUAAAUUGGGCUCUGAGCCUCAGCAUCUUCACUCAGGUCGACCCUAAGAGACGGCGAAGACGUGGAGAGGGAGACGGACGCCUUCGCCGCACCCUCUGCCAGGACCGGAUCUCUCUUCGUGUUGAAUUAACCUUUUUUAAUUUUUGAAUUUAGCGACCUGCUUGGGAGCCGAAAAUGGCAAACUUUGCGAUCCAGAUGAUGGGCUUCUCGAUGGCCGUCAUCGGCUUCAUCGGCUUAAUCGCGUCCACCACUAUGGUGGAGUGGAAGGCGUCCUCGUACGCGGGGGACAACAUUGUGACGGCACAGGCCAUGUACGAGGGCCUCUGGAAGUCCUGCGUGUCGCAGAGCACGGGCCAGGUCCAGUGCAAGGUGUACGACUCCCUGCUCCAGGUGCCCGCACAGAUCCAGGCAACUCGGGCCUUGAUGAUCACAUCCAUCCUGUUCUCUGGUUUCGCUAUUCUGGUGGCCAUGGUGGGUAUGAAGUGCACCACCUGCCUCGCUGAUGCCCCGGAGCAGAAGAACAAGGUGGCCGUCGCCGGGGGGGCCCUCUUCAUCGUAGCAGGACUUUGCGCUCUGGUGGGAACCUCCUGGUUUGCGAAUAGAAUCGCUGUGGAUUUCUACAACCCGUUCACGCCAACCAAUGCCAGAUAUGAGUUUGGCGCCGCCCUCUUUGUGGGAUGGGGAGCCAUGGCACUCGCCAUUCUGGGCGGGGCUUUCCUGUGCUGUCAGUGCAAGGGUGCCAGCUCCAACUCGAGGCAAGCUCCACGCUACCCCAAGAGCGUCCAGCCCACUGUCACCCCUGCCUCCGGCUAUGUGUAAAGAAGGGGUCAGCGAGGGGCGACCCUCUAGGACCAAUGGGAGCAGAGCCCUGUCCUAGCUUGUAUAAUGUGUAUCAUAGAGAAAUUGUGUGAAUCAUCCACAACAAGGCCAUAGGCAGUGCUGUAUGUAUAAUUCUGGGGGGGGGGGUAGGAGAGAGUUUUC